AGACUAUGACGCACUCUCCGGCUCUGGAUCCCUGGUUGAGACAUCGCGCGCCCCUCGUCGCCACAGCACUUGCGGCAACCUGUGAGACCUCGAGUCGCCGAGCCCCACGCCUGAGGGCGACAUGAGCGUGCUGGCCUCCCGAGCCGUCCUCUCCCGCCGUCGCCUCUGGCUGCCCGAGCCUGCCCCUCUGUCCCCAGGGUGACGCCGCCCAGACACAUGGCCCCUGGCCCAGUGCCUAAUCACACCCCUCUCUGGAGGGAUGUCCACUCCUUCUACCUUCUGUCCCCACUAAUGGGCUUCUUCAGCCGAGCCUGGAGCCGGCUGAGGAGCCCAGGAGCCCCAGAACCCUGGCUGGUGGAAACAAUAACGGGAACAAGUCAGAUAGAAGAUAAGACACUGCUGACAACCUCCCUCACCCCCCAGAGCCACCACUCUCAGGGGGAGGCGGAAGAUGGUGGAACUCCUGAAGAGGUUGGACAAGCAGCCCACAAAUCCUACUUUGACAUGAAAGUUAGCAGUUCUCCUCUAGAAACUUGGGGACCCUCAGAUGAUGAAGAAUAUAGUGGAGAAGAACAUGUCUUAAGAGAAUGUACAGCUGACCUGCCUACACCCCUGCCCAGCAGCCUGCAAGGUGCUGAUAAGAGCCCCAGAGAGGAGGUGGCCGAGAAAGAGGGAGUGACUGGGCUUGCUUAUCCUUCAUUGCACUGGGAGUGGUGUCCGGUCACUGAGGGAGAGAGAGGUGGAGAAACUGUGAAAAGAGAAGGACCUGGAGUCUCUCCUUGCAUAGCUCCAAGAUCCAAACCCAACACUUGGGUGUAUUGCCCAGGAGAGGCAGAGCAUCAAGCCACGGAGAAGGAAGGACCAGAAAAUAAAGUCAGGAAGCCCUCCACUUCCCCGUCUUCAGGCUGCCAUCCCAGAGCCUGGCCGUGCUGCUCAGGAAAGGAAUCUAAGGAGAGUGACGCUGACCUCCAGCCAUCCACCCAGUGUCAACCAAGUAAUAACUCCAGAGACGGAGAAGCUGAGGCCUCAUCUUCUGCCCUUGUUAGGAGUGCCUUCCUGAAGGCCUGGGUGUACAGGCCUGGUGAAGACACUGAGGAGGAAGAGGAAGAUGAUAGUGAUUUGGCAUCAGCUGAAGAAGAGGAAGAAGCCAAGACCACCUUUUGCACUCCCCCACCAAGUGAUUUCCUGAAAGCCUGGGUGUAUAAGCCUGGCGAGGACUCCGAGGAGGAAGACGACAGUGAUUGGGAAUCAGCUAAGGAAGGUGAGCUCUCCUCUUGUUCUCCCCCACCAAGUGCCUUCUUGAAAGCCUGGGUGUAUCAUCCUGGAGAAGACACAGAGGAGGAAGACGACAGGGAUUCUGGAUCAGCUGAGGAAAAGAAAGUUCAGGCCUCACCUGCCACCUCCCUUCCAAGUGCCUUCCUGAAGUCCUGGGUCUGUGUUCCUGGAGAGGACACGGAGGAGGAAGAUUUGUGUGAGAAUGAGGACCAGUAUGAUUCAGGAGCUGCCUCCAACUCAGGCCAGAGUCUGGCAGUUCAGGCCCAAGGCACUCCCCUCUGCUGCCUGAGCUGUCCACCUCAAGAGGAGACCCAGGAAGACAGAUGGAGGGAAGCUGAACCCUCCCCAUUCCGAGUAGCCUUCUAUUUACCUGGACAGAAGCCAGCAUCACCUUGGGCUUCUCCUAAGCUGCCCCUCAGGCUGCAAAAGCAACUCAGGUCUUCAGACACCCCUGCCCAGGAUCAGGACCCUGAGACUCCCGUAAAGGCCAGAAAGGUACGCUUCUCUGAGAAGGUCACUGUCCAUUUGCUGGCUGUCUGGGCAGGGCCAGCCCAGGCAGCACGUCGGGGCCCCUGGGAACAGCUUGCCCGUGAUCGAAGUCGCUUUGCCCGGCGCAUCGCCCAGGCCCAGGAGUUGCUGGGCCCUUGUUUCACCCCUGCCUCCAGGGCCAGAGCCUGGGCACGCCUGGGAAAUCCACUCCCUCCUCUGGUCCCUAAGCCUUCCUCCUCCCUGCCCUUGGAAGACCCAGCCCAGGCCACACCCUUGAUCCCUGUUGUGGCCACACCUUCUUCCCCUUCUUGUGAAACCCCACUUGUUCUUGGCUUGGGUCUUAGUGGGAAGCGGGGUUAAGGCCAAGUGGUUGUGUUAUUUAUUAACUGUGGCGCUGGUUUAUAAUAAAGCUUUGAUUUGUAGUGA